GAAAAAGUGUAUUCAGAAAGCUGUGACGUCAAGGGCUGGAGGGGACCAUUUCAAAGGACUGUGGGGUUCCGAAAGCGAAAGCCGAACGCGUCGGCGCGGAAUUAAGGCGCUCGCGCGUCGCGUACGCGCCAGAGUGAUAAUGUCGAAAUGUGCCAGGUGACAAUUGAUCGGAUGUUCGAAGGACAACACUUCUCAACACCACAAUGUCGUUAGAUUACAAAGAGAGCGGGACGGAUCUGCAUACGCUGAGAUUGGAGCUCAAGCGGUGGGAGAAAGAUUUCGUGGACAGUCACCAUGGUCGCAAACCUGGCCGGGAAGACAUCAAGAAGAAUCCGGAAAUAGGUGCCAAGUACAAAUUGUACAAUCAACUGCAGAGGGGACCGCAACUGCCCAAAUUAGAGACACCUCGAAAAGUCCGGCGACAAGAUGUAUCACAGCCAACGGAGCAGAGCAAGAUCUUUGCAUCCACUCCAAAACGAACACCUUCGAAACGAGCCCAGGCCGAGAACGUCCUGACGGGGGUGCACUCUCCUGCGCCCCUGAUCGAAGCCACUCCAGCUUUCAUUCGGCGUGCCUUGGGACCAACUCCUCAGAAGGAUGGGCAAGUGCUCGGCAUCUUCGACGUUGCUCUAUCUGCAACACCCGCACAUACGAGGGAGUCUCCCAGCAAGCUCCGCUCGCAAAAUCUCACGAGAACCCCGAGUAAAUCUGGAUCGAUGAACAACGAAUUGAUACUGACAAGGACACCACAAUCGUCAAGUCGUCGAUUCCUAUUCGAUGCCUUCGCCGGAACACCACUUAAGCGCAAAUCAGACGAUGCGGAUCUGGAUUUGGAGAACGUGGAAAUUGGGAGUGUGACGAAGCGGAGAUUCGCAACGCCUGCUUUCCUCCGAAGGUCAUUUCCUCUGACAGCGAUCAAUGAGAAUGCUUCUAGUCCGGACAAUUCCAACACUACACCUUUCAAAAAGCGCGGGUUUAUACGGAGUCUGAGUAGCAUCAUCCAGGGCCUACGGGAGCAAGAAGAGGAACGCAUGGACGAGGAGCUGGACAUGCUAAACGAGAUGGAGGACGAGGCGAUGGGUGUUGUCAGAGCAAAGCCUGCGGCAGCGGUGUUGGUCGAAGACAGCCAAGCGAUAGAGAUGCCACUAGGCCCCGAUCAAGCAGAUGUGACGGACGAGUCGUCGUCGGACGACAAUGCCUCCGGGUUUAUUCGCAAGCCUUGGAAGAAGAAGGGCCUCAAGAGGCAGACGCGGCGGGUCAUCAUGAGACCAGUAAUGCAUAAAGCUCAAAAGACGGAUGAUCUACACACCAUCGAUGAAGACGAUGGAGAAGCUGUUGAAGAAACACAAGUUGCAGGUGCUGAUGCCGAUGCUGGUGCUGGUGCUGCAGACGAUGAACGGGAUCAUGAUGCAAAUAACGAGGAAAGCGGAGACGUUGCCGGAAAGGCACAGGACGAUGGGAAGAAGUCGAAGAAGCGGAUGGUCAGCGCCCAGGCCAAUCCUAAUUUCCGGCGACUGAAUAUCAAGAACAAGAACUCCAAAGCCAAAGGCAAAGGGAGAUUCGGGAGGCGGAAAUAGAGAAAAAAGGUCGUCCAUCAGCACAUAGAUUUCCACGAAUUGUACGCGAACAUGAAUUUUAUGCAAGCUAUGCUCAUUCCACA